GAGCACUCUGAGACUGCGACCACAAGCGAGGAAGAAAGAGCACGCUGGCCUGGAUGACCCAGAAAACUGAACUGCAACCGAUGACUGGACCUCUGGAUGUUUUGAUUGCCGUUUAAUUUCUGCUGGAGUAUGGCAACAGAGAUAUUUAUAAUCUGAACAUGCUGGAGAGUUAUGACAUCACCCAGCACAGCUGACCAUGACAAGCGUCUGGGGAAGCAUGCAAACCGUUCUGUCAUGGGGACAAUGGGCUGUCAGAAGACUUGCAAGGUGGAGAAACUCCUGAAACAGUCUCAGAGGGACGCCGUGUGGAGCCAGAGACAAAGGUCGGCCGCUGCAAAGAAGAACAGCCGGAUGAGAGGCGCAGAUAAGCUGAGAAAUGAAGUUUCACCCCUCCGGCUCCAAGGUGCGCAGCAUUUGGACAGCUUUCGUCUUCUAGAGGGCAACAGCCAAGCUCUGAGCCUCAGCCCGGACACUCUGAGUCACCAAAGGCUAAAGCAGAAGUUACUGGAGACAGAGAUCAGCACCAGACGGAAGGAGUGUGAAGCACUUGAAGAAGAGGUGAAGAAAAAGAAUCAAACAUGUCAGACUUUGGAGAAUGAGCUUCAAGAUUUCCUGCAGGAGAACAAGCACUUGAGCCUCCAGUUGUUCAACAAUAGCCACAAGGCAUCUGAGUAUGAGAAGGUGAAGUCUGAAUAUGCCAAGCUCAAAGAGACCCUUGGUGCUGUGACGCAGGAGAGAGAUUUAGCCCUCUGGGAGAAGAACCAGCUCCAAGACAAACUGGAGAACCUAGAGCAGGUGCUCAAGCAUAUGCGCGAGGCUGCGGAGCGGAGGCAGCAGCUAGAGUUGGAGCAUGAGCAGGCCUUGGCUGUACUCAAUGCAAAGCAGCAGGAGAUUGACCUUCUGCAGAAGGCUCAGGUUGAGGCUAAAAAGGAACAUGAAGGCGCUGUCCAUCUGUUAGAGAACCACUUGGACAGCAUGCAGGCCAAAGUUCGCGAGCUGGAGGAAAAAUGUCGGACUCAGAGUGAGCAGUUCAACCUCCUGUCAAAAGAGCUGGAGAAGUUCCGGCUCCAGGCUGGGAAGUUUGAUAUCCUCAGCGCGGAACACUUAACUUUAUGUGAAUCUCCUGGGUCGCCGAACAAGUCCCUGUCACAGCUCCUUAAUGGACUGGCUGCCCCCAUAGGGAAAGGCAAUGAGGCUCCAACAGGCAGAUCUUUGAUAUCGGAGUUCAUUCGACCGCUCCAGAUCAGUGGAGACAAGCCAGAGCUCCUCUCUGUCAAGCCAACAUUCCUUACUCGCAGUCGAGCCCGCAGCCCAGCACGGGCUUUCCUCUCUGAGAUGGACAAAGAGUUCGGCUCAACUACCAGGUCCAAACUGAGGUUCACGGGGAAGGUUCGUCUGUGUAUCGCUCGGUACAGCUAUAAUCCUUACGAUGGGCCUAAUGAGCAUCCGGAGGCAGAGCUCCCCCUGGUGGCAGGGAAGUACCUCUAUGUUUACGGGACAAUGGAUGAGGAUGGCUUUUACGAAGGAGAGCUGCUGGAUGGACAGCGGGGACUCGUUCCAUCCAAUUUUGUGGAUUUUGUCCAAGAUGAGGAGACACCCUCUGUCCAACACAGGGACACAGUAGCUAAAGAACCUGGCUACCUCAACCACAGUAGUCUGGGGCCUCAGAGACUGGGGGUCGGCACAGGGACAGGAACAGGCAUAAGCAGAAUGCUGUCCGACAGUAAACUAGACUGUCUAAGCACCAGCAGCUUGGGCAUGGACCUCCUGAGCUCCUCCAGCAACGGGACAGGAACCUUGGAUGUCAGCAUUGACGAAGUCGGUGAAGACAUUGUGCCUUAUCCCCGCCGCAUCAACCUGAUUAAACAACUUGCCAAGAGUGUGAUUAUUGGUUGGGAUCCUCCUGUGGUCCCGCCGGGCUGGGGCUCCAUCAGUGGCUACAAUGUCUUGGUGGAUAAGGAGGUACGCAUGAGUGUCCCCUACGGGGGCAGGACAAAGUCUCUUAUUGAAAAGCUCAAUCUGGCCACCAACACCUACCGUAUCUCAGUACAGAGCAUCACUGAGCGCGGCCCGUCGGACGAGCUGCGGUGCACUAUGCUCGUGGGAAAGGAUGUGGUGGUGGCCCCUUAUUACCUGCAGGUGGACAGCAUCACGCAGGUCUCUGCUGAGCUCUCCUGGAUGCCUAGCAACAGCAACUACAGCCACACCAUCUUCCUCAACGGUGCAGAGUACGACAUGGUCAAGGCAGGGGGCUACAAGUACAAGUUCUUCAACUUGAAGGCGAUGACAGUUUACAAGGUGAAGGUUGUGGCGCAGCCGCAUCAGGUGCCUUGGCAGCUUCCGAUGGAUCAAAGGGACAAGAGGGAAAUCUCAGUGGAGUUCUGCACUCAGCCUGCAGGACCCCCUCUCCCUCCCCAGGAGGUGCAGGUUCAGUGUGGUCAGACGCCCGGGCUCCUGCAGGUCAGAUGGAAGCCGCCGCCUCUGACAUCUUCAGGAACCUCCAACGGGGCCAGCGUGAUUGGUUACGCGGUGUGCACAAAGGGACAAAAGAUAGCAGAGGUCUUGUACCCUACAGCAGACUAUGUGACCGUGGAGUUAAACAGGAUUCAGUGUCUGGAGGCCAGGGAAGUCAUUGUAAGGACGUUAUCGACACAAGGAGAGUCCCAGGACUCUCCUGUGGCCACGAUCCCGCACAAUCUCUUGGGCUCUCCGCACCUCUCCCGCCGAACCACUGCACCUCCCCACCCAAUCCCCCACCCACAGUCCCAUCCAGUGCACUCACAAACCCAUCCUCCCUAUCCUUCAACAUACCCUCCGAAUCACCCUCAGCCCCAGGUGCAGCCUGUGCCACGAGCCCAGCCCCACACGCUGCCCCACGCACAGCCGCACUCGCAGCCCUCCAGCCACCCCCCUCCCCAUCCCACGCCCCAGCCUCAUUUCCAGCGCCACCCCAUGCCCAAGUCCAAACCAUUAGUAAGUGCCAGAGAGCCAGAAACCAAAGAGCACGAGGUUGGCCUGCGAUCAGCCCAGCCCUGGGAGCGAUCCCCCUCUCCGCUGCCUCCCAUGCGCGGACCCAACCUGGAGCCACCACACUUUCCGCCUAGGCGAUCGCCCUCGCCUCAGAGGAUCCUGCCGCAGCCUCAGGGAGUCCCCAUCCCCAACACCAUAGCCAAGGCCAUGGCCAGGGAAGCUGCCCAGAGAGUGUUUGCUGAGGGCAAUCGGGUUGAGAAAAGGAAUAUCUUCAGUGAUCGAGGUAACGCCUUGCAUCCACUCAACUCUGACGAGGAGGAGGAUGGCUAUGACUCUCCUCAUGCAAGGAGGAGAGGAGCCUCGGUGGAUGAAUUCCUCAGAGGCUCAGAGUUGGGCAGACAGCACCAUCAUCACCACUACAGCCACAGCGAGGAGUACCACACAGAGAGCAGCCGGGGUUCUGAUCUGUCUGACAUAAUGGAGGAGGACGAGGAAGAUCUCUACUCUGAGAUGCAGCUGGAGGAGGGCCGAAGGCGCAGCAUCAACUCUCACAACACUCUUAAGGCAUAUUACAAGCGUCAGGACUUAGCCGAGGAACGAGACUGCUGGGACCUCCAGAGGGAGGUGGUAAAGCAGAAGUCGCUCCGCAGCAAACGUCUCCACAGCAUCCCUGAGGUGGCUGAGGAAGAGUUGGACGGCGUGGACGGCAUGGGCCAGCGCCUGUGCUUUGAAGAUGGCGGCCGGCCGGGAACACCGCACACUCAGCGGAGGAUGUACGCCCAAAACUCCCACAUGUACAACCAUCUCACCCACGGCAAGAGCUCCCGUCACCUGCAGCGCCAGCGCUCCUCCCCUCGUUUCACCGACGGCCGCUACGGCUACAACCCAGACGACCGCAGCCACGGACGACCCAACCGCCAGAACACCAAGAGUCCUGACAGCGGGUUAGACUGCGGCAGUGAGGAAGAAGGCUCUCUAGGCCGCAGUCAUCGAGGGUACUAUGUUCAUGGGAGCCCCAUGCGGGGGCCCGUGCACAUCAUUCACUGUGAAGGCCCGAUAGAAAGGCGGGCGCUGGCGAUGGGCCGUAAAAGAACUCUGACCCGCCAGUGCAGCGUGGAGGAGGAGUUCUCUGAUGUGCCAGCGAGUGCAGCCAAGUCAGUACACACGGGUGACUUUAGGAACAGGGACCACUUUGGGCCUGGUCGGGAGGCCGGGCCAAGAAACUACUCCAGGGACGGGGCCCUGAGCGAGGGCCGGCUGAACGAGCUGGACAGGGUCUAUUACAGCCCCCACAGGGAGGCUAGGGCCCAGUCUUUGUCCAGGCUCAACCGGGACCAGCCGCUGAUCAUUGGGAACUCGCCAUCACAUGGAAGCGCCGAUCGUCUGGACCACUCAGGGAGGAGGCUAGUUCACAUCGGCACCCCCCCUCAGCAGCGGCCCAUCCCAUCCAUUGAGAUCACCAUGGACAGUAACAGUGAGGGGAGUGAGGGGAACCUCUCACCCGUCAAGGAGGAUGUUUACUAUGGCAGUGUAGCUCGGCGCAGGAUAUGGCGAUCUAUGUCCUCAGAGGAUCAAUAUGACGGCUAUGGCGGGCGGAGGCAUGGGCGGGGACGGCGUUCCCUGGAUUACUAUGAUGAGUCUGAGCCGGAGGAGCUGACCCGCGUGUUUGUGGCUCUGUUCGACUACGACCCCAUGUCUAUGUCGCCGAACCCUGACGCUGCUGAUGAGGAGCUGCCUUUCAAGGAGGGACAGAUCAUCAAGGUGUUUGGGAAUAAAGACACGGAUGGCUUCUACAGGGCAGAGAUCAGGGACCGAGCGGGUCUGAUCCCUUGUAACAUGGUCUCAGAGAUCCAGACAGAGGAUGACGAGAUGAUGGACCAGCUACUCAAACAGGGUUUCCUGCCACUCAACACUCCUGUGGAGAAGUUAGUGAACUGUGAUCGUUUCAAAGAUGGCCGCUCAGUAAAUCGCAGGUCCAGAAAAUCCAAGAGAGAGAGGAACAGGCGAAGUGGCCGUCAACAUCCCACGUCAACGCGGAGAAUGGUGGCUCUGUAUGACUACGACCCUCGAGAGAGCUCCCCUAACGUUGAUGUAGAGUAUGAGGGAAACAGACUGAAUGAGGAGGCUGAACUGACCUUUUGUGCCGGUGACGUCAUCACAGUUUUUGGUGAAAUAGAUGAAGACGGCUUUUACUAUGGUGAACUCAAUGGACACAAGGGACUCGUUCCUUCCAACUUUCUAGAAGAAGUGCCUGAUGAUGUCGAGGUUUUUCUCACUGACUCACCAUCUCGUUACACCCAGGACACUCCAGCACGGAUAAAGACCAAAAGGGUUCCGUUGGAAAAAUCGGGUCCGCCCAGAAGAGCAGCCUCUCCCACAGUGCGUCCACACAUCCCUGGCUCAGGCCCGGCCACCGUGGGGCCCGGCAGUGCCAUCAGGGCCCCACUGGACAUGUACUCCUCCAAAAAGAAUAAGGGACUGCUCUCCAAAGGGAAGAAACUAUUGCAAAGACUUGCGCUGUAAAAUAAUACCUUGACAUACUUUGAGAGUUUUAUUCACUUUCUUGUAGUGUUAAAAGAAAAAAAAAAAUCUAUAUAACACAGUGGACAGGUGGCAUUUGUGAGCUUAGCAAAUGCAUUAUUCUUGUACAUCUGUUGUAUACUAGAAUAUUUGUAUUUUGUUAACAGUAUCAACAUAUUUUCAACAACACAUUUCAUAUUUUGGUCCCGAGACCUCGUGGUGUUGCUGAUUUAGUAUAGAGCAUCUAACCUCCAAGUCUGACGCUGAUUAAGUUCUGCUGUAGACAGAGACAGGGCCCGGGGCAUUCUCCAUUUUGCACUUGGUCAAGUCUGAUGGAACACCACCACCACAUUAUGACUGACUGACUGCUGUCUCUGUGUACAGAAAUCAGAAUGUAAUUCGAACGCCGAGGGCUCAGUUAAACCUUGGAGUCUAUUUUGAAACUGAAGACAAAGAUCACAACGAAGUCAUUUAACCUGUAUGAGAGGUUUGCAUGCUUAACUUCAGCACAUUCCCUCCUGAUCCCCUGAGAGUGCAUGCCAUGUGAUGGGCUCGGUAUGGACCCUGGAGCAUGCAGUGCUACUUUAAUACGGCGUGGCUGACAUGCUGUGCAGUAAAACUGUGACAAAUCAGCAGAAUUCACUCCUAUUCUGAUGCCCUAUUUCAACAACUGUGAUGGAGCAAAGCAUUCCCACCACCAUGUCAGACACUUACAGAACAAGCACAUACUGUACCUAUGACAGGGUCUCUGCAGUAAAAUCAGCCUGAAUGGAAAUGCCUAGUAGAUCCAACCUCCAUGUAUUUGCCUUAUGAUCGCACAACGGUUAGUACUUUGUCCAGUAGAGCAUGCAGUUUCAUGCCUACUAUUCAUUUAUGUUGUGAUUUCAUCAAACAAGAUCUGUUUGCAGAUGUUAAUCCUGUCUUGUGAUGUGCAGGGUAUUGUGUGACUGUCGUGAUUUCCAUAGGACCAGAGCUUACAUAUAAUCGUCUGAGACUCCUGUACUGAUUGUGUUAACCAUUCUUAGUUGAGCCCAAAAAAUACAUUUACAAAAAUACUUUUUAGAAAAUAGUUCUGAAAAGGUCAAAAAACCUCCCUGCGUAUGAAGGCACUUUAACUGUUUUUGAUGCCACGCUGAUGCACAUCUAAUUAAAAUGACGACCACUCUACUAUGGAAACAAUAUUACAUUAGCAGACAAAAAUAUAUAUAUAUAUAUACACACACACAAAUAGUUAAUAUCUGUGAUAUAGCAUCAGCAAAUGAAGUCUUUUCAUUGUAGUGCAUGAUUCACAACGUGAAACACUUUUGGGCUUCACCAGAAGACUGAAGGUUUGACUGUUUUCGCAGUAGUUAGCAGUGAGACACAAGGCUACCUCUUCACUGCCCCUCUACCCUUCAAACCCAAAAUCUAUUUGAUCUGAAAUCUGUUUGUUCAAGCCAAUCUGUCAUCGAUGCCUGUUCAGUAUGUCCCGAGCUAUGUUGGUGCAGGAUACAAGUACUGUAUAUCAAUAUAUAUAUCUACACCUUAAUGUAGAGUAGUGAAUGUAUGAUGUAACGAAAGCCAAUGUAUUUUCAGAGCUGCCCAAAAGGAUUGCGCAGAUGUCCGUCAUUGUGCGUGGAAUGAAACAGUCCACGUUUAUCUCCUCACACCAUUCUGUUUUUCCAUUUCAUCCUCAUGUCUUUUCAAAUUGAACUUAUUUUUUCUACGCACGAGUUGAACUGAAACUGCCAAAAAAGAAUGUAUGCAAAACAUUCUGUAAUACUUUCUGUACAAUUCUCGGCCAACAGCCAUGUUAACCUGCGGUCAACUGUUGUACAUCUUUUCCUAUUUAUGGACCAUGUCUUCAGACAUUGCUUCAAUUAAUUUUGAGUGACUGUUGCUCUUUUUGUACUUUGUCCAUUUGUAAAAUUGUUUUUAAAUGUUUAUACUUGAUUUUCAAACUGCCUUUUUUGUACAUUUAACUUUAUAAUCCAACAGUGCAAGCUUUCCCCAUGGUGUCUUGAAGACCAUAUUGUUUAAAAGUCUGCAGUUGUGUGCUAGCUUUAUGAAAAGAAUUAUCAGCCUAUAUUGAUGAAUACAAAUUAUUGUGUGAGUGUGCAUGUGCAAUAUUUUCUAAAAAAAAGAAAAAAAUCUAAAUAAAUUUGAUAUUUUGUAAUGUUUGCAUGUUAUUCAACAUAAACACCAGAUCUUGAACGUACCAUACAAACAAAUAUUAGAACCAUUUGCAUCACACCAAUAACAGGACAAAGAUGUUGACCCAUGAGUAUUAAACUGAGACAUUUUUACAGCAACAAAACUGGAGGCUCACUGGUGUAUCAAAAAGGUAAACAAACAUUUUAGGUUCCUUCCUGAAUAAUACAAAUUACCAAAAAACAAAACAAAGCUUUUCCUAGAUAUUUCUUACUGAAAAGCCAGAAUCCAACAUCUUACUUUUUCAAUCAAGUACUUACUGAAUACAUAACAUGGACUUCUUGAAAUAUUUCUGCUUGGAUUAACUCUUGGAUCAAGUGACAUGUCACUCCGAGCGUCAUCCACUUCAAAUUUCCAACAGCAGACAGGGUGCAUAUUGAUUACUUCAGCAUACAGAAUAUGUACAUUUUACCUCUGGAUGGUGGCCUUUUCUUUACAUUAGACUUAAAAGUACAAUACAAACCUUUUAAACUGUGUAAUUUAAUACACAUGGCUAUCUGACUCAAUCUGAAGCUAGAAAUGCAAACAAAC